AUGUACUAUGUUGGUUUAAACACGGAUGAGAAAUUCAACCUUCCGGGUUUCUGGCCGGAUCCAACAACGUUAAAUCAAAUUCCUAAGGAGCCACACGAGAUUCAGGCAGAAGUGGCACGUAUAAGAAAAGCCAGAUUGGAAAAACGUGCAAGGUUAGAGGCAAAAGCUAGAGAGUUGGGUAUCACGGAGGAUGAUGUUGAGGAAGAUGCUCCAACGACAUAA